GUGUUUUUCUGUCUGGCAGGUGGCAGAUCGUUAUGGCGGGGGUCCCAGUAACACCACCAGGUCUUGAAUGUCUUCUCCAGGUCGGUUCGGUGCGAGUUAAACAGACGCGUGACAGCAUGUUCCAGAAUUACUGCACCUAUGAUAUAUUGAGUGGGGACGGGCAGUUACUGUACAGGGCGGAGGAGGAAAGGGCCUGCUGUGGCCCCCGUUUCAAUAUUCACAUCCGUGACCUUCAGGGAUAUGAAGUUCUUAAUCUCCUUUUACCCUCCUCAUUCUGUUCUUGGGAAACUCAGAUGCAGGUGCUCUCGGUCGCCGGGGGGAUGCUAUUGGGGUACAUUGACAAAAAUUGGGCAAGUAUGACAUCAUCCUUCACACUCCUGACACCCCAGAUGGAGCCGGUUUUGAAGGUGCGAGGUCCCGGCUGGGGAGCCGGCUUCAUGAGUGAUGCUCACUUCAAGAUCACGCUGUACAAAGAAAACUCACCUUUUGGAGUCAUCACACGUGUGUGGAAAGGCAUGUUAAGCAUCAACGACAGUUUCGAGAUUCAGUUCCCUUUGGACCUGGACGUGAAGCUGAAGGCUCUGCUCGUGUCAUGCGCCGUCUUCAUUGAUUUCUUAUAUUAUGAGCGGAACAGAGACCAAAAUAAUUGAGCCCAACGCGGCAGAACGUGGAGGAAAUCCCCGACCAAUCAGAUUUCUGUCCGUUUAUCGGCACGUGGCACGCCGUGGCCUCCUCUUUACGAUUCCAUGUAUUUUUAUAUGUCACAGAUUUUACUAUUUAUUACGGAUAUAUGACAUGUGUGAAUAUAUGUAAUUACAUACGUGUCAGUGUCUGGUGUGUUCUGUGCAGGCGUGGGAUCCGUGGGGGCCAGGAUGGCGAGGGCUGUGAAAGCCCUGAUUAGCUUUCUGGGUGCGAGGAUGAAACCGGCUGCGGUUAUCACCGGAUUUACCGUAAAUAGCAGUUUGAUUUCCAGCCAAAACAAUAA